AUGAUUGGGGUGCUAUCAGCGACAGGCAUGGAGCGGAAUGGCGAGAACCACCUCACGGACCCGCUUCUGCCGCCGACAUCCAGCGCCUCUCCUGCCGGGGCGUCUCCAAGGAAGGAGAGGAAGACGAGGAAGGUCAUGUUCAGUGUCCGGGGCAUCUCCUGCGCUUCCUGUGCUGUGUCGAUAGAGACCGUCGUGGCCGGCUUGAAAGGGGUGGAGAGCAUCCAGGUCUCCCCACUUCAGGGCCAGGCCGUGGUUCAGUACAGACCGGAGGAUACUGAUACAAGAACCAUAAAAGAAGCUAUUGAGGACCUCAACUUUGAGGUUGAUGAACUUCAAGAACAAGAAAUUGCUGUGUGCAGACUUCGGAUAAAAGGAAUGGCUUGUACAAGCUGUUCUGAAUCUGUUGAACGGGCGCUUCAAAUGGUACCUGGAGUUAAAAAAGCUGCAGUGGGUCUUGCUCUAGAGGAAGCUAAGGUCCACUACGAUCCAAAUGUCACUAGCCGUGAUCUUAUAAUUGAAGCUGUUGAAGAUGCUGGAUUUGGGGCUGAUCCCAUUAGUUCUGGGGACGAUGUGAACAAAGUGCAUCUAAAGCUUGAGGGUGUGAAUUCUCCAGAAGACACCAAACUCGUUCAGUCUGUACUGGAAGCUGCGGAAGGGGUCAACAGUGUUGAAUGGGACACAGUUGAGCAGACAAUAAAAGUUGCAUAUGAUCCUGAUAUCACUGGUCCAAGAUUACUUAUUCAGUGCAUUCAGAAUGCUGCACAGCCCCCUAAAUGCUUUAAUGCUACAUUGCACUCACCACCAAAGCAAAGAGAAGCAGAGCGAAAUCAUGAAAUUAGGAAUUACAGGAACCAAUUUCUCUGGAGCUGCCUGUUUUCGGUUCCUGUGUUCCUGUUCUCCAUGGCUCUUCCUAUGUUUUCUCCUUUUGGGGAUUGGUUGGAGUACAGAAUCUGCAACAACAUGACAAUAGGCAUGCUACUACGGUGGUUGCUAUGUUCCCCAGUUCAGUUUAUUGUUGGUUGGAGAUUUUACGUUGGAGCCUAUCAUGCACUCAAACGAGGAUACUCAAACAUGGAUGUGCUGGUUGCUUUGGGAACAAAUGCUGCUUACUUGUAUUCUGUGUAUAUUGUUCUGAAAGCACUUACAUCAGACUCAUUUGAAGGCCAGGACUUUUUUGAAACUAGUGCUAUGCUGAUAUCUUUUAUAUUACUGGGAAAAUAUCUGGAGGUGAUGGCAAAGGGAAAGACAUCAGAUGCGUUGUCGAAAUUGACAGAGCUUGCACCAGAAACAGCUUGUCUUCUUACUUUUGACAAGGACGGAAAUGCCAUUUCAGAAACAGAGAUCAGCACUCAGUUACUUCAGAGAAAUGAUGUCAUCAAGAUUGUGCCUGGCACCAAAGUUCCUGUUGAUGGCGUUGUCAUCAAAGGUCAAAGCCAUGUCAAUGAAAGUAUGAUAACUGGGGAAGCAAGGCCUAUUUCAAAGAAACCAGGCGACAGGGUUAUUGGGGGCACCGUAAAUGAUAACGGUUGCAUUAUUGUUAAGGCCACUCACGUUGGGUCCGAAACAGCUUUGUCGCAAAUAGUUCAGUUGGUUGAAGCUGCUCAACUUGCAAGAGCUCCAGUGCAGAAGUUAGCAGACAAGAUUUCACGGUUUUUUGUUCCAACUGUGGUGGUGGCUGCAUUUCUUACAUGGCUUGGCUGGUUCAUACCUGGGCAAUUGCACCUCUUACCCCAACAAUGGGUCCCAAAGGCCAUGGAUAGUUUUGAGCUUGCUCUGCAGUUUGGAAUUUCUGUCCUAGUUGUCGCAUGCCCAUGCGCUUUGGGACUUGCUACACCAACUGCUGUUAUGGUUGCCACUGGAAAAGGUGCUUCUCAAGGUGUUCUCAUUAAGGGUGGAAAUGCACUUGAGAAAGCUCAUAAGAUUAAGGCUAUCAUAUUUGAUAAAACUGGAACGCUGACGGUUGGUAAACCUUCAGUCGUUCAAACAAAGAUCUUCUCAAAGAUACCGCUUGUGGAACUCUGUGAUCUGGCUGCUGGUGCUGAGGCAAACAGCGAGCAUCCUCUAUCAAAAGCUAUCGUUGAGCACACAAAGAAGCUCAAGGAGCAAUAUGGAUCUCACAGUGAUCAUAUGAUGGAAUCGAGGGACUUUGAGGUGCAUCCAGGAGCAGGUGUCAGUGCCCAAGUUGAAGGCAGGCUGGUUUUGGUUGGAAACAAAAGGCUGAUGCAGGAAUUUGAAGUUCCAUUGAGCCCUGAGGUGGAGGCGUACAUGUCCGAAACGGAAGAGCAUGCUAGGACCUGUGUACUUGUUGCUAUCGAUAAGAUUAUCUGCGGGGCUCUUGCUGUUUCGGAUCCUCUGAAACCUGAGGCAGGCCAAGUCAUUUCUUACCUUAAGUCAAUGGGCAUCUCCAGUAUCAUGGUGACAGGUGAUAAUUGGGCUACCGCAAAAUCAAUUGCAAAGGAAGUCGGGAUCAGCCAGGUGUUUGCCGAGAUCGAUCCACUGGGAAAAGCUGAAAAGAUCAAAGACUUGCAGAUGCAAGGGUUGACGGUGGCAAUGGUUGGCGACGGGAUAAACGACUCGCCAGCAUUGGCGGCGGCAGACGUGGGCAUGGCGAUUAGUGCCGGCACAGACGUGGCCAUCGAGGCCGCUGACAUCGUUCUGAUGAAGAGCAGCCUUGAGGACGUGAUCACGGCCAUCGAUCUCUCGCGCAAGACCCUCUCCAGGAUCCGGCUGAACUACGUGUGGGCCCUGGGCUACAACGUCCUGGGCAUGCCGAUCGCGGCCGGCGUCCUGUUCCCAUUCACGGGCAUCCGGCUGCCCCCCUGGCUCGCCGGGGCAUGCAUGGCUGCCUCGUCGGUGAGCGUCGUCUGCUCCUCCCUGCUCCUCCAGCUCUACAAGAAACCGCUGCACGUCGAAGACGCGCCCAGGCCCGGCGACGGCUCGGAUUUGGUGUGA